UGCAAUCCAUCUACAGAGAGAGAACUGAAGAGACAAACACAGAGACACAACCAGCCUACAAGAAUCUCAGGAUCCUUUAUGCUGUCCUCAUCCUCUUGGCUCUGAUGCUAGUGGCUUCCUUGACAGCUGUGACUGUUCUGUACUCAUGGAAAAACACAUGCCUAUGGCUACAUGGGAAACCAGCGUCCUGCAGCUCCAUUGAUAACUCAACCUUUGGGGAUAUGGAAUUGGAAAAGAGCCGUUUGGAGAAACUCAAUGCUUCCUAUCGAGCACUUCAAUAUAAAUACUGGAUUGUCCUCACAUACACGUCUAAAGGCUGGAAGCUGCAUGAUGGGAAUAUGUACUAUUUUUCCGAUGUAAAAAAGUCCUGGGAGGAGGCUCAACAGUUCUGUGUGUCUAAGGACUCCAACCUGACUUCAGUGACCUCGAAGGAAGAGCAGGAAUUUUUCUCCCGGACAAUUAAAUCUUUUUACUGGAUUGGCCUGACCGACAAGGGCAGUGAGGGUAUCUUUCACUGGGUGGAUGGGACUCCCUAUAAUCAACCUGAGAAUGAACGGUUCUGGAGGACCGAUCAGCCAGACAACUGGGAUCAAGGGCGAGGAUUAACGGAAGAUUGUGUCCACUUGGUUCCUGGAGACCUGAAGUUGUGGAAUGAUGCAAACUGCGACUUUGCCGAAAAAUGGAUCUGCAAGAUUUCCCUGUAGAGCUGCUGGCUGGCCGGGGUCCAUCACCCUUCUUUUCCCAUCACCGCCAGGCCUGCAGGCAAGAUGGUCAAGUCAACAAAUCUGUGCUCUGUGCUGCCUUCCUCCAUUCUUCUCCCCUUUGUCCACCUGCCCGAGGGAUCUUCCUACCUUAGCACUAGGAAGAACAGAAAACACUCAGGGAGUCAGGCAAGACCCACUGCCUUCAUUCACUCAACAAAUAUUAUAAGAUCUUUGCUGGGAAAAGUACUUCCGCCCAUUUUUGCAUUUAAAAGAAAAUCCCAAGUGGACAGUGGUCACCCCAAAGGAAAAGCAUGUCAUGAGGGGCAAAACCUAACUAGACUUGACUUCAGAAUGCCUGAACUUCAGAAUCCCAUUUCUGCUACCUUUAUCUCACCUGUAAAAGGAGAAGGCUGGACUACACCAUCUCUCAGGCUCUUGCUAAUGGGAACAACUGUGAUUAUGUUAUUCUGUUAUGGCGGCAUUCUAGGCUCUUCAACAGGUGGAUGGGACGACCUUUUUUAUGGGGGAGCCUGACCAAAGUCCCUCAGGCAUUAAAAAAAUCGACCCUGGGGCAGCUAGGUGGCACAGUGGACAGAGCACAGGUCGUGGAGUCAGGAGGACCUGAGUUCAAAUCCGGCCUCAGACACUUAACACUUACUAACUGUGUGACCCUGGGCAAGUCACUUAACCCCAAUUGCCUCACCCCCCCCCCAAAAAAAAUCAACCCAUUUACCAUUGCCUCUAGCAAAAAAUGCAGAUUUCUUAGCCUGGCAUUUAAGGCUUUCCAGUCUUAUUUCUCCUAUUCAUUCAUCCCCCACUCCAUUUAAACUGACCUGCUCCUUCCUAACCCGUCCCCUGCCUCAGGUGAUCUCCCGUCUGGAAAUAGCUCCUUCCUCAUCUCUGUCUUGUGGAAUCUCUGGCUUCCUUAAUGACAGAGCUCAGGUGCCUUGUCCAAAAUGAGGUUCCCCCAUUCUCCCCACUCUACCAGUUGUUAGCAAUGUCUCCUCCUUGAGAUUUCUUUUCAUUUAUUUCACAAACAUGCACAUAUACAUAUACUAACAUAUACAUAGCAUAAACAUAUAUACUGCAUAGUAUAUCUUUUAUAUAGUACAUAUGGUUUAUAUUGCAUGUGAACAAAGCAUAACUAGCAUGUAUAUAUAGUACAUAUCUAUUAUGCAUACAUGUGUAUGUGUGUAUAUUUCUGUGUGUUUAUCUAUGUAUGUAUUGUACUUACUUACCUUGUAUACAUGUCUACCCAAUAGCUUGCUGUUAUAACAGGUAGAGCAAUGGGCUCAACAUCAGAAAGACCUAGGUUCAAAUCCUACCUCAGACACUCCCUAGCUUUGUGAUGUUGGGCAAGUCAAUUUAACCUCUG